AUUCAGAUCAAGAUCUCGUCAGUUGGUCACUAUCGAAAGCCAUGGCUAUUUCCGCCUGUGGGUGGCUACACCGCUCAUGAGCAACAAACAUUUCGCUCGAUUCCAUCCUUGACUUCAGACCCAAUACUGCCGAUUCUACUUUCAUCAGCGAGUUCCGGUAACGAUUGGGGAGGGGCGCUCGCGUGACCAAGUCGCGAUGUUGCGCGACGUGGAUGUUAGUUUCGAGAAACUGCACGGCAAUGGCGCAACAAUGAUGAAGCGGAUGCUCGACAUCCAGGAAUGCAUGGCCCCAGGCGAAAGAUCAGAAGCAUGGGCGAGGAAUCUGAGGCUCCUGCAUGUUCCUUCCACCAAUACCUCGUCGACGGGAACAUCACCACCGCCACGCAUUCGACUAGGAGGCAUGGGCGAGCAUCCGGAUGAGACCAACUAUCUCUCCAUCUCAUACUGUUGGCCUACAGGUACUGACGAAGACCUGCUGAGAAAGAAUGGAGGCUUUGAUAUCGAGACUCCCAAUGGAUUACGACGGAGUCGUGCGCCAGAUUACGUCCUCUCGGUGGCCAUGGACUAUGCUCGCGUCCACGAUAUUCCGUUCGUCUGGAUCGACCAAGAGUGCAUCGAGCAGCAGCAGCUUGACGAUAAAGAACAGGGAAUCAACUCCAUGGAUAUCGUUUACCGUCGCGGUCGCCGUACGCUGGGCAUCCUGACCGCCGAACUGACCACACAGCCGUUAGUCGAUGCGCUAGCUGCGCUCAAUGCGAAUGAAAUGCCGACGCGUCGGGAGGCCGAGACGGAGCUUAUGCAUGCGGGGUAUGACCUCUUUUGUAUUCUUGAUAAGCAGCGGUGGUUCAAGAGGGCGUGGGUAUUUCAAGAGCGGUGGCUGUCUGGGGAGAAUUUGCACGUCGUCACUAGAGUCAGUUCGAACAUCGCCCGCCCUGCAUCGCUCGGCCAGACCACAGGAUAUGCAGAGUUCCAGCUGAACAGGCUAGCUUACGGGUUCUGCCACAUACACAGCAAAUCCUGGAGAAACUCAUGGAGCGGUGCCCGUGACCCAUGGCAUGGCAAAUUCGAGAGUUGGAGUGACCUUAAACACGCGAUGCGGCAUAUUGCUGACAUGAGAUUCACGGAAUUCGAUGGCGUUGAUUUGAAGGAUCCCAUGGGGGGACAAUGGACGUAUACUAGCAAAAUGCUAGCAGAACUUGAGCUUCGAGAGAACGACCUCGUUCACGACAGGCUGGCGAUCUUCGCCAACGUCUUGGGAUUUCAAAAAAGGCUAGACACCCGGAAGCUGAUCUCUGAUGAGUACGGGUUCAGCACCUGUGCCGUGGUUCUCUGCCUACUUAACGGAGAACUCCCCCUCUUUGGGGUGGACAUGUUCAUGAUGACUCUGCGCAAAUUUCUUCAGGACUGUCAGCCGCUUUGCGGCCUGGGCGUCGUCGACCACGAAUUGCUCUCCACGUUUCGUUUCCGCAGCGGCACAUUGACGGAAACGGGCUUGCAGGUUGACGGCUGGCUGUGGCAUAUCGAUCGGGAGAUUGAGCUGACCGAUCUUCAAGAAAAGUAUGUGAACAUCAUUCCUAAAAGUCUCUGGAGUCGCGAUACGCGCGGUCAUCGGACAAUAGAAGACUGUUCCUUCACUCCACCGGGUUUGUGGCCGGUCCCGGCCGCGAUGUUCUUGCGGGACCUUCAAAAAGCCUUGAAAAAACAUGGUCUGCACAGGCUUGCAGACGCAACAGCCAGGCACUUACCACAAGACGAGGUUGAACUCGGUAGUGCAACGACCGGUGACGAGACGAAGAGUCACAACGACGCCAACACGAAGCCCGAGGACGUCGUGCGAAGUCUCUGGAGGCACGAAGCAGCUUCUUGCGUGCCAGGCCUCUGCAAGUCCCACCUGGAUCUGACAGUCAAGAUGCUUCUGUACCACGUCAUACAGUUCGGACGCCUUUGGCUGGGACACCUAGACAACGAUCCGGCGACUGGGGAGAAUAAUAAAGAGUCUGACGCUCUCGGACUCUUCACAUGUUAUGGGCCGACAAAGGCCUUGACGGCCUGCUCCCUGGGGGUGGACGAAUCGGAGGUAGAGCUCAGAUGGCAGAAUUAUGUCUCUAUAGAAGUGGAGGAGGACGAUGUUCAAUUGGAAGAUAGAGGCAAGAAACCCCUUCUUCCACUGGGUUGGGAGAGCUGGAUCAACGGGAUUUGGUAUCCUGCCGGAGCACCGAUGGAGCAACACUGUAUCUCUCUGUUCAUGGAAGGAGAGAAAUGGGUCCACAAUCGAAUAUCUCCAACACGACCGGGUCUUGGGUAUCCGAGGGCGAGUCACCCACCAGAGACGGUGGAUAUUUCGUGGUAAUAUUUAUAGAUCGGAUUAUAGCAAAGCGGCGCUUAGAAAAACAUCUCCUCAUGGCUAGGGUUUAGGGAUAAACUUUUGUACAUUAGUUGUAACUACUUGAGCGCAUGACUUUCCUCUUUAAAAAUAUAAAAACAAUGAUAACGCU